CAGUCAUUCAUAGCAUUGAACACUUUUUUUAUUGCCAGUGAUCACUCUAGUAUUUGUCAUCAGGAAAUUUAAGAAAGACUACUUGAUAGAUGGGAGAAUAUCAACGUGCAACUUUGGUAAAUAACAUCACAAGUGCAUUAGAAAGCUUAGAGCCUCUCUCAUCACUACCUGAACCUUGUAUCUAUAAGGUUCCGGAUCCUCUUCGCAAGUUGAACAAAAAAGCUUACAGUCCUCAGAUUCUUUCAAUAGGGCCUUUUCACCAUGGCGACGAAAAACUGCAAAACAUGAAAAAACACAAAUUAAGAUAUCUCAAGGAAUUCAUGGAAUGGGCCAACAAAAACUUUGAGGAAUUAUUACUUGUUAUAGAGGAGUCGGAAGAAAUUGUUCAACAAUCAUGGAAAUGUUACGACAAGAUAUUACUAAAGCCAUGGUUGGCUGCCACGAUGCAGCGGGACUUAGUGUUACUUGAAAAUCAACUUCCUUUCUUUAUUGUUAAGAAAUUAUUUGACCAUACAAUAUUUCCAUCUCAAGGACGCUUACCCUCCUUCACUGAGCUUACCUUUAAUUACUUUAAGUCUUUCAACACUCAAAAUUUGCUUCCCAAUCCUAAGCCAAUAAUAAUGCAUUUUGUUGAUUUGCUUAGAAGAUUUUACCUGCCCAAAAGUCUACCAAAAAGAACAACUAAAAAAGUUAAGCAUGUGUACAGUGCAACCCAGCUAGACGGGAAAGGAUUGAAGUUUAUGGUGGAUCAUUCGAGGCAUUGUUUACUUAACCUUGACCUAGACUAUAAGAAGGGAGUGUUGAAAAUCCCACACAUUACCUUGGACGAUAUCACAAAGUUUUAUGUUCGAAAUCUUACGGCAUUUGAGCAAUGCCACUAUCCAAAUGCGGCAUAUGUUACUGAUUAUUUUAUCCUCUUAGAUUUCCUUAUCAAAAGUGAAAAAGAUGUGGAUUUACUUGGUCGAAAGGGGAUUAUGGUUAAUGGGUUUGGUAACAACGAUGCAACUUUUAUCAAAAAUUUGGCCACAACUUCCUUGAGGCGAGACUAUUUUGGCAAUCCCUGGAAGGCCGCUUCUACCACAGCUGUUGUUAUCAUGUUGAUUCUCACUUUGAUACAAGCUAUAUGCUCUAUUAUUUCUAUAUAUCCUGAUCACUAA